AUUUAAACAGACUUUUGAAUGUCAGAAUAUUCUCCCCUCUCCGGAAUGAUUUCACUUCAAUUCUACUCUACUUCUCUGCUAUUAUGGAUUAAAACUUGAAUUUUGACUUUUUUAAUUUGAAAAAGCAGUUUUUUCAGUCUAAUCCGAGCUGUGAUCUUACGUUUCUUUUGACGAUUUUCAUAUCUUCGUUGUUGAUAUUGCCUUUUCUUUUUUCUGGCGAAUUUGGAUUUGGAUUCGUAAAUUUCUGCAAUUUUCUGUUUUGUAUGCGGUAGAAUCGUGUUCCUGAUGCUAUAGCUCAUCACUGUUUGCAGUUAUUCAUUUUCCCCCAAUUUCGAAUUUCGAUAGAUAUUUAUUUUCCCCCAAUUUUGAAAUUGAAUAACCUAACAUCUGUUUGAAAUCGAGAAAUGCCACCAACAGAUUACCAGGAAUCAUCGUCUUCCCCAUCCCAAUCCCCCUUCAGCUUCUCAAUCCUGAGCCGCCGCCGCGAUCAGGUCCACUCGAUGGAGGAAUCCAACGGCGGCCACGACUCCGACCCGGAAGCCUUCCAGCGCACCGUCGCGGAUCGCUUCCACGACGUCGCGGCGGCGCCCUCCGACGAGCUCCUCUCGAUCCCGUGGAUCCGCAAGCUCCUCGACGCGUUCCUCUCCGUCCAGGAAGAAUUCAGAGUCAUCGUGUUCAACCACCGGAGUUCCCUCUCCAAACCCCCAAUCGACAAGCAAAUCACCGAUUUCUUCGAGCGCAGCGUCAAAGCCCUCGACGUCUGCAACGCCAUCCGCGACGGCAUCGAUCAGAUCCGCCACUGGCAGAAGCAGCUCGAGAUCGUCCUCUCCGCCCUCGACAACCAGCGCAGCAUCGGCGAGGGCCAAUUCCGCCGCGCGAAGAAGGCCUUAAUCGACCUCACCAUCGCAAUGCUCGACGACAACUCCACCGCCGCCGUCUCCUCCCUCCGCAACCGCUCCUUCGGCCGCCAGAGCAACCAGCCCCGCUCCAUGGCCAGCUUCCGGUCCCUCUCCUGGAGCGUCUCCCGGACCUGGUCGGCCGCGAGGCAGCUGCAGGCGAUCAGCAGCAGCCUCGCCCCGCCCCGAGCCAACGAGACCGCGGCCACCAACGGCCUCAAUAUCGCCGUCUACACCAUGAGCUACGUCCUCCUCUUCACGAUGUGGGCGCUCGUGGCGGCCAUACCCUGCCAGGACCGGGGCCUGCCCGCUGCGCAAUUCUUCACCAGGCAGUUCGCGUGGGCGCCCCCCAUCUCCUCCCUCUACGAGCGGAUCACGGAGGAGUCGAAGAGGAGGGACCGGAGGAACACUUGUGGGCUGAUGAAAGAGAUUCACGAGAUCGAGAAAUGCGUGAGGCUUAUGAAUGAGCUAACGGACAGCGUUGGAUUCCCGUUGACGGAGGAGAGGGAGAAUCAGGUGAAGCAGAGGGUGGACGAGAUCGGGAGGAUAUACGAGGCGAUCAAGGAGGGUUUGGACCCGUUGGAGCGCCUCGUGAGGGAGGCAUUUCGCAGGAUUGUGAGGAGCAGGACCGAGGGGCUCGACUCCAUCGCUCGAGCUAACGCCCACGAGUGAUAGGAGAGGGCAGGGCAAUCUCCUUUGUAUGUAUUAGACAAAAUGUGAUUAUGCCAUCUUGUGUUUUCGAUUUUGUGUAAUGGAUUUGUGCUUCACAUUGUAAUCAUUUUGUGUAUAUUCUCAGAGAAAAUUGCUAGGUUUGGGAACUUUGAUAUUGCA